CGGACUGUAAUAUCAGUCAAGUGAUGGUGCGGUUUACGUAGAACGUGUCUUUGCUGUUUAUUGCUCAUAAUUUUAAUCAUUUUAUACAGCAUUCAGAAUAUAGAAAAUGUCGUGAAAAAGUAUUAUGUCAAGACUGCAAUGUGUCGUAUGUGGAUCCAUUCACUACAAACACUAAAAACUAAAAACCUCUGACGUUCAUACCCUGCACAAAUGAAAGUGAUCUAAUCGAUAUUCAAUACGACAAAUACAUCAAUCAAUAUGUGCUGCUCAUCAACGAGCAUGUGAUCCACGGGAUGCUUCAGUCGUAUAAUAUCCCAUACACAUGCUUCCAUCUGAAAAUUAUUUACGGUGAGAAAGCGGAAGAUUACGACAGAAUGGGAGAUAGGAUAUAUUUCGGACAAGCUAUGUGCUACCAGUGUCCGUGGAAGGUAUUGCCGGCACUGCCCAUGAUGUUCAUUUACCUGCCGCCCUGGUUCCGGCGGGAGUACCAGUACCAGUACCCCGAACCAGCAUCGCUUGAGCUCCAACUUCGAUGUGUACAAUACUGUCAAGCAUAUCCUUUAGAUAGUCGGUGUCACGAGAGAAUCUGCACUGUCCAAGUCAUAUGAAUGCCCUGCGUGUCAAUCGUUACUCCUUCCGAUACCCGAGGACCGGAACUGCUCUCAGGCUGCCUUCGAAGAAACCUACUGCACGUGCAAUGCCUAUCGAGAAGUAAAAGGUGAAUGGACCAGGCGCAUAGCCCAUUGAGUUUUUUUAUUGAAUAAAGGAAUACCUCUGGCAGGAUAAUCUAAAUCGAUUUUGCAGCAUUCUGACAUAAAAGUACGUCACCAGAAGGAUGCCACCUCAGUGGAUACAAAAAUGCUGUCUUAUCGCACAAAGUUCAUGGUAAAUGAAAAUGAUGCCGAAUUCUUUGGCAGUUGGCUAAUUGUGCAAUUAUAUCACCGAAGCUCUUGAGAUCAAUUUAGAGCGUAUAAGUCGAAUAAACACAUACAAAACGGACUCCAAAUCAAAAAGCUAUAUUGCAUAUGUU